CGGUCGCUGCGUAAAUAACAAGCACUCUUCUAGCGGAUGCAAUUUAAGGCGUAGGUUGAAACUGUUGUUAUUCAGCCUCUGAGUUCAACUGAAGCAGUGGUAAAGCUCUCUACUUCAACAAAGGAAGAUGUGGCUCGCACAUGUAUAUUUCGUAUUGUUCAUUUGUGCAAACUCGCUCGGUAAGUCUUUUCUUUUCACUUUAUUUUUGCAACUCCCAAACUAGAGCUGCAUGUUUACAUCCAGAGUUAACAUAAACUUGUUGCGUUCUCAGUACCCUGAAUACUGAUCGUCAUGCAGCAUCCCGAGGUACAAGUCUUCCAUAUUUACCGUUUGAUAGCCGCGUAAAAGUAGUUAUUUUUGGCAUGCUUCCGCCUGAAAGGCUCCCGUCGGAUUUCAACGCUUGACACAAAUUUGUUGAGCUCCGAGGCAGGACGACGGUGCCUUUGAAGAUAAGUUAGGCUUGACAAAACUUGUCUCCCGUUUUCGCAAAAUUAACAAAACUUUGGCCAUUGCGCCUAAGCCAUAGGCUUCAUUUAUCAUGUUUGUGCAAGACGUAAUUUAAGGAGGUGGAGAGCCCUUCAGAUACGAAAAAAAGACAUUUGACGAUAACAACUUCCGCAAACAAGGUCUAAACAUCUACAAAUUAAUCGCAAUUCUUGACAACUAAAUUUAGAACCAACUGAAUAUUUGCAAUUUCCUGAAGGGUAAUUGUGUAAACUUUAUUUGUACUUUAUAUUCAUAGCUAAGAUAAUUUCCAUAGUAACAUUCAAACGGAAACGUGAUAUUGUCCGGGAGACGGUGAAAAGGGAAGGUUUUUAUUCAUCUUUUUGUUUCUGUGAAGUUCUCGCACAGGGACGAGCCACUGAAGACUGUAAUUCUCCUGUGGCACUGAUCCUAUUUCUUGUUCCGAGUUGGAAUCAAUUUGGUUUUAUAUGUGACAAAUUAACAUCGGUAAAGAAAUCGGCACUGGAUUAUGUCAAAAUUUGUCAAUAUUGUUCGACAGCAAUCGCCAUGAGUGGAAUUUAUUUUCAUGUUCCUUUCGACAAACUAGCUUGCUCAAAUAAAUGCAACACUUUGAGAACUUGUCAGUAAAGCCAAAGGUCUGCUAGAAUUAUUUGAUAUUUUGAUCUUACAAGACCUAGAAAUGGUAUUCCACCAUUUCGACGACAGAUUACUUCCAGUUCAUACGUAUAUUUUACUCUCUCCUUGCCGAUUGGAAACACAUAGUAUCAAGCACAACAAAUUUAAGGAUCUUUAUGCCACUCCUUCGCCGACAAAUUAUUACGAACUUAGUAUGCAAUGUUUUUCUUGCAUGGGAUCAAAGCGGGCAAUCCUGAAUGGGAAAAAUGGGCUCGGGUAGCCAAUCAGAACACAGGUUUCGCCUCAUAUUGCCCACGGGCGCUACCAGCGAUAAGAUAAAAGUAUUUAAUCAACAUUCGAUUGCAUGCAUUUAUAAAGUGUGCUGAGCAACUUCUUAAAAAUAAUAAUUGAUUGAUGGACUUGAUUUUAGUAAUAUUAGUAAUUCUAUAUUCAAUUCAUGUUAGCAUUCACAGUAGUUUGUAAUUUAGUUUUAAGCAGUUCUUUGUGAAUAAUGUAUCGUAAGUGAUGUAUUGUAGGUAAUGUGUUGUAAUAGUGUUUAUGUGUCGCAAGUAAUGAAUGUCGUUGUAAAAAAAAGUGAUUGUACAUGAAAUCUAUGCUUCUAAUAGCAAUCCGAAAAGUGACCGAGGUAAGGACAUGCCUUAAAGGGAAAAUAGGAAGUUUCCAUAAGAGUGUUAGACUUUUUUGUUGACAAGAAAUUCAAAAGUUGAUUUGAAGCAAAAACUUAGUGAUAACUUAAAAUGCUGCUCAACUGUUUUGCCGGCGGGGUAGCAGUUAAUAUGAAUUUGUCUCAGAAACAGUGCGGUAAACUGAAAUUAUUGUGAGUUAUUAAACCUGUUCUAUUUUCAAGCAGUGGUAGGGCAGAAGCACAAUAUAUCACAGUCAGUAGAGUAUCGAUUAAGGAAUGUCCUCCUUUCUUCGUACGACAAAAUGGUACGUCCGGUGUUGAAGCCGUCAGAUGUUGUUGAAGUCAAAUUUGAUGUGCAGUUCUUGGCCCUCGCCGAAGUGGUAAGCAAAACCUUACAACGGUGUUUCCAGAAAGUGCAUUCCUCAUCAACUGCAAUUAACUUGUACCGGUAACCUAGCAAGGCUAAAAUAUGCAUCAUAACUUGUAAGACUUAGGUAGAGGUGCUUUUUUCUUGUGGCAACAAGGGUAGACCUUAAUACAGGGAGCCCCACGUCAAAUCCUGGAUCCAGAAUUUAAAUCCUGUACCCUUGUUAUUUGUCCACCUCGUCAGACCCACAUCAAGUUGGAUUACCCACAUGUCUCAAGUUACAAUGAUUCUAUUGACCUUUUUAUUUUCCUUAAAUUUUGUUUCAUCGAGUAGCACAUCAGAGUUAGAUCUAAGCCCUAACACACAAGAUGUUGAGCAUAAAUACAUCUUCAUAGUGUGAACGUAGUUCUGCGUCCGUCAUACUGAAUACAACCACAUGUACCUCGUAAUAGCCAAAAAAUUCUGUAACAUCAAAGAAUAAUGUUCCAAGAAGUGUAUCUGCUGGCUGGCUUAAUUUUUUUCAAUUUCGAUUUUCGGAUCACUCUUAAACUAAACAGCCGUGGUAUUUUAAAACGUCAAUGGUACCUCCAUUUUCAGUUACCCUCAAUUUAUAGAUAAAAUGUCCUCUCUCAGUAAGAACUUUUUUAUCUAUUGCACACAGGACAAUAAAGAACAAACUGUGACAGCAGAUACAGUGAUCACGCAGGUACGUUAUGAUUCAAAUCAGGAAAAGUGCAACCUUACAAGGGGUCAUAUGGAGAUCUUAACACAACGCAAUUGUGACUGCCAACAAAGUUAGGUUUCAACACGCGAACGCUUUAAAAUUUAUUUACAUUACGGUUGAUCGUGGUUGCUAAAGGGAACAAAUAAUUACAACGAAUUUAAGAGAUCCUCACUGCUAAGAACACUACUGAACUAGUAGUAGAAAAAAAACCGGCUCCCAGUUGGUUUGUUAGCUCAGUUGGUAGAGCGCUGCAUCGGUCAUGGGUUUAAAUUCCGUGCGGGCCCGAAUUUUUUUUCUGGUCCUAUUUUCUACUACUAGUUUAGUAGUGGUCUUAGCUGCGUGGAUCUCUUAAAUUCGUUUCUUCACCGUAGUGCAAAUAUAUGAAUUUCAUACAUGCAAAAUCAUUAUUCAUCACUUGGAUGGUUUAUUUGGACCCAACAUGUUAACCAGCUCCUAGUUGGCUUGUUAGCUCAGUUGGUAAAGCGCUGCAGUGGUAUCGCAGAGGUCAUGGGUUCCAAUCCCGUAAUAGCCUGGGUUUUUUUCAGGUCCUAUCUUCAACUACUAGUUCGGUAGUGUUCUUAGCUGCGAGGAUCUCUUAAAUUCGUUUCUUCACUGCAGUGCAAAUAUAUGAAUUUCAUAUAUCCAAAAUAAUUACAAGUUAUUACAUAGCAGAAGGAAUAGGAAAACGCAAAACAAGGAAAGACACUUACAAACGUUGUGUGACUUGCGAGCACGAAGGACAGAAAAACUAAAAGAUGAUCACAGUGAAGGAAUCGAUGUUAACCUAAUGGACUCUGAUACUCCAAUGUUCAAUUUUUUUGAGAAACUUUUACGAAUGAAAUUAAACAAAGCAGAAUUAUGGGAAAAAUCUAACAGAAUACAAAUCGCCACGAGUGAAAAGAAUGCGAAAACAAUAAGCAAAAUGUGCGUGCAAAAACGCAAAUGUAAUUAGGAACGUAGAAGGAAAAAAAUCACAAAGUGGGAAUGCCGCAGUAACAGAAACCUUCUAGUAGACUUCAUUACUUUACUUCGUAGAAGAUCCAAAAGAAUUCUGAUUUAUUUGUCUCAGUAUAUCUAAAGCAAUUGGAGCGAGGUUGAGACAAUCGUCAAACCUUUUAUUGAUUCUCCCAGACAUGCAUUAUUCAGCCAUUCAUCCCUUUGUCCAUCGUUUCGUUUUUGUCUUUUUAGCAAAUAUUUCAUCACAUCAACCCGUAAAUUGAUGUAUCCUGUCCCUAUCGUUAGUUAAGGGUAGUAAAAUAAAACUGAGUAUAUUUUAAACCUGGCUUGGUGGCUGAUUGCAAACAAAUGAGGGAAAAGGGUUGCAAACGUCAUUUUGAUUUAAAGUAACCAGAUUUUAAAUAGGUCACAUAGUAAAACUUAACAAAAUAGGUAACUGACGCCAAGCUGUAGUUGUCGGUAGGUCAACUGGAAACAGAUUAAGCUCAUGACCAAACAUGAGUUGUCACAAAGUCUUAUAAUUUUAUUCCUUGGCGUACAGGAAUGGAAUAAUCCUUACCUACGUUGGGAUCCUUUGAAUUAUGAAAACUUAACACGGAUACUUGUGGAUCCAAGAGAAGUUUGGGUACCUGAUAUAGUACUAGAAAACAAGUAAGUUGAAUUCUGUAGCAAUUUAAGUAAAUAAAUGUUGCCUUUGGCUGAUCAAGGAUGAGGCUUUUAUGACACUUUGGAAGUAUCAAGCAUUAAGCUAGUGUCCUAAAAGAAACCGUCGGGAAAGAUUGAAAUGCCCGAGUGUUCAUACCAAGUAAAAGGAGGUUUGCACGUGCAAGUAUUAUUCAGUUGAUAAUCAAUAUUGAAAAUACACUCCAAAUUUUUAGACUGCGAGAUUGUUUUGCAUCGUAUUCGGACUUCAAAAUAAAAGAUUAAAUGAAAAAUCAAGAAAAAAGAAAAAGAAACAUAAAAAGAAACUGAAUGUUUUUUUCUUACUUUUUAUGCAACCAUGAAUUCACUCCACAAAGCUAGCAUUGAGGACUUCCUAUUGGAGCAUUUUAACUUUCAUCACGAAUAAACGGGCAUACAGUGAUGCGGCUAGCACAUUCCUCUCUGGGUCUGAUUCAAGAUACUGGACUCAAAGUUGUUUUAAAACCAAAUUUAAAUUUCGUGAACUCAUAAUGAGUCACAGUUCUUUAAUGGGUAUAAGUGUUAUGAACUUCUAAAAUUAGGAAUGUUCUGGCGAUGAGUUUGGGGAUUGUUUAGGCCUAUUAGAUUAUCUUGAAAUCAUUGUGCGAGUCUAGUGAGCCUUGGUUUUUCAUGUUCUGCAAGACCACACAUUACGUUCAGAGUGAUGUGUUCUUGACCAUUAUAAUGGGUCUUAGUUAUUUUACGAUAAUCGUUGUUGCUUUUUGUGUUGAGUUUGUGCUGGACCUUUUUCAUUUCGAAUGUGAGGUGAAAUCGUUUUUAACGAUCUAAAAAUAUGAUUACUCUUGCAAGAUCAGUUGUCCCGCAAGUUCAAACAUGCCUAUUGAUGGAAUAUUUAAGAGCGCGUACUCAGGGCUGAACUAGAGAGAAACAGAGACUUAGUCAUUCAGACAAAGAGCCAUUAAGAGUCUGUAACCCUUUAAUUCCCAAGAUGUCCUUAGUAAUUCUCCUUACUGUCUGCCAUACAGUUCUUGUCAUGUUAGUUUGGAGAAUUUGGUAUUGGAUCAACUUAUGAUCCCCUAAUUGAUAUUUUUCUUCAUUUUCAUCACUUGUCUGCUUGAUAUUGUGUUAAUAUUGGAAGGAGAAAUCCUGUUUUGGUCGUCAUGUGAGUUAUGGGACUCCGUUUGUGCGAGUUGCUCGAGCUUCUUUACCCUUAAAGUCUAACAUAAGCAUUACUGACACUCUCAACAAAUCCAUUUCUUCCAACCUCUAGUGCCGACCAUGGGGUCGUUCAAGCGGGGCACGUGGAAAAAUUCCGAAGUUGGGUGCGUGUGAACAGCGGUGGUCAGAACACGUGGCUAUCUCCAGCAACGUUCAAAAGCAAGUGUGCGCUUAGUUUCAAAAACUUUCCCUUUGACAAACAGAAGUGCAGCCUGGUUUUUCGUUCAGUAACUGCUGAUCGUACCCUUUUGAACAUCGACACUACACCCAUCAAGAACGAUGAUCCUGAGAAAGGUAUGAUUACAUGGCAAUAUUUGUGUGACAAUUUGAAGAAAAUAGGUCCUGAGUCAACUCAAAUAAACUAUUGCCUUUGAAAAACAAUAAGGAGUGCAAUUAAAUAUAUCCUUAAUUGCCUUAUUUUUCAUGACUUAGAGCUUAAUCUAUCGGCAUCUAAUGGUUAUUGGACUCUAAGAAGCUUUGAGAUCAAGAUAGAGGAUAAAAAGCAAUCACCGAUUUUCAGCAAAGUUGAAGUAUCAUUUCGUAUUGGACGUAAACCCUUGUUCUUUGUCCUUUUCACCAUCGUUCCUUGCAUGAUCAUUGGGCUGCUGGUUCUUGUGAGUUUCUUCAUUCCCACGGAGAGCGGCGGAAGGAUCGGACUGUGCUCAACGAUUCUGCUGUCAGUCAGUGUGUACCUACUCGUCGUCGUAAAUAAGCUUCCGGAACAGUCCGACGAGUUGCCCAUUAUUGGUGUUUACUACAUUGUGAUCAUGUUUGAGAUCGGUCUGGCGCUGACUGUCACAGUUGUUGUCAUGAUGGCUCAUCACGCGACUUCUGAGCCACCCAGCAUCUUGACCUGGAUAACAGGUGAGGUUAAUAACUGAAAAUCUGUCCAUCUCAGUAAAAUAGAAAAAUGUGAACUCAAAGUCAGUAAGUGACAGUAGUAAUCUCAAUGGUAACUCAUGACACGGUGAAUUUAUCACAUUCAUGAAGAUGACCAUGGUGACGAUGAUAACGAUGAUGAUAAUUACAGCGAGAAAGGAAAUUGCGAAUAGUGACAGACGUUGUACAAACAACACCUCUGAUCUCGGUCAUGACUAUAAUUAACAAAUGAACUUAAAGGUGGACGUUGCACCAUACAUCAUUGAUAUUAGUGCUCGGCGGUUGACAGGAAAGAGGUGACUUGGAAAUAUUUCCCCACCAAUUUUGCGAAACUAAAAUAUUGCUUAAUUUAUAAAAUUUCAGUGUUUAACAGGAUUUGUUGCUGCCUAAGACACAAUAGAAGAAAACUUCACAUUGGCCCUACUCUCGGUGCAUCUCCUGAAGUUGGGGAAAGAAAAACAAACAUUGAAAUGGAGGAAACUGCUAAUGUUAAGCAAGAAAAGGUUGAUAAGCAGAUUUCAGCUGACACCCACGGGGAGGAAACACCACCCACCUCGGUUUCUAAAGAAGAAGUCGACAAGAAAACCUGGGGGGACAUCGCUCAAGCACUCGACCGUAUUUUCUUCUGGUUGUUUUUGGCGCUGGUUGUGUCUACUUCCAUUAUAAUCUACUCAUACGUAGGGAAGCUUUGAUCGCUCGGUCAACGUAAUUUCUAUCAGGCUUUAACUUUAAAUGCUGCUGAGUUUAGUCCACUCUGGUUAUUAUUUUUAUAUCAAUCACAUGUCUGAUUAGUUUAAGCAGUUUUUGUUUUUCGUUACCCUUAACGUUUCACAGAUGUAGAAUCUGAAAACCUCUGGUAAACCCUAUUGAUACAGGAACUGGUUAGAUGAUGCAAAAACCUUUUCUUUUAAUACAUAACAGCUCAGUGUGUCAAGUGACUGUAAUCGAUUAAGGUGUUGUAUCUUAUCCGUUUGUGCAGGGAUUAUAUACCCUUUUUGUACUUUUCUGUAUCCGUGUGCGAACUAAUAAAUCUGAAUCUUUUCUUCGAGAAACCCUUGCGAAGAUUUGCUCAUAAGGCUUGACUAAUUUGCGUUCCAAAAAAUUCUGAAAAUUGCCAAAUUACUGGUGCACGCUAUUGUCAAAGUGAGAAAGGGCAGCAACCAUCGCUCAGAGCGAAAUUUUCAAUUUGGUCGUUUCGUACCCAGUUUGAGUAAGUUCAUACCCGAACCGCUGGUUGAUUCGUACCCGUCCCAAUAUUCAUUCUUUCAAAAUGCCUUGCGCGUGAGCGCAAGUGCAAAUGUCGAUUGUUGCUUAUGAUGUUAGUAGAGUCAAGCGAGUCUUACUUGUGUAUACUCAUGACCUCCUUAACAAUAACAACUAAAUUACUUCUUGGCGUAAGACAAGUGCCAUAUUUUAUAUAGAACAGGCUAGUUUAUAUAUUUGUGACUUUAUUGGCAAUAUCUGGGUCUGAUAGCUCAUUAGUGCCUCACGAAAGAUAAAUGUAAUUAUUUUUUUCAAGUAGAAGUAUAUUUGUCUGUAUUCGCGAUAGAAGACAAAUUCAGUUUCAUGAUUUCUAAAAAUUGAAACUGAUGAUGAAACAUUAGUUUGCAUUUUAACUUCAUUAAGGCUGGAAAAUAUAUAUCUAAGUUCGCAACUAAUUCAUUAAGCGAGUGCGCUAAAAACUGAGGUUUUGAUGAUAGAACUUGUAAGUUCAUUGAGAAUGGAAAAUAAAUAAAUAACUACUACAACUAAUUUACUUAAGGGAGUGCGCUCUUAACGGAUGUCGCAUGAGAAAACCAAGAGAAGAGAAAAUGUCGAGAGAGUACCUUUCCUCUUUCCCUUCAUUUUUCGUGUUGUCUUCCCAAAACCAAUAAUACCUAAUCCAACAGAGAUUAAAGAAUUGACCGCCUAUUGCGGUCCAUUCCAUUAUUGAACUUACAACUUUCAGGUCUCACAGUCACUUCUCUUGGAGACGAACUAAAGCGACAUUAUGGGAACGUUUAGAAAAGGCUUAUCCACAUUUAAUGAAUAAACC